AUGGGCGUUUCACAGAGCAACAACAGAAGAAGAAAUCAUAGCUGGAAUGCUUAUUAUUCCUACCCUUCUUCUUCUUCUUCUUCUUCUUCUUCUUACUCUUACUACUCCUCUGACCCUCCUUACCACCCCCACCCUCCACCCCCUUUCCCUUUUCCACCUCAUCUCCUCCCACCCCCACCUUCUUAUUCCUACCCCUCUACCUGCCACUGCACUAAUCCUGUAGUGGGUAGGUCUGUUUUUACUCCAUAUCAGAACAAUGAUUGGUCUGCUUCUUACCUACCUCCUCCUCCUCAUCAUCAGGUAGUGGGGAUGGUGACCCCAUCACCUUAUGUUGAGACCCAACAAGCUAAGAAAGUUAAGAGUGGUGUUAAUGUUCAUAAAGAUUCGUUAAAGCUUGAGAUUGAUGAGCAAAACCCAGAUCAUUAUUUGGUUUCUUUUGUCUUUGAUGCUCUCUUUGAUGGAAACAUCACAGUGUUUUAUUUUGUCAAGGAAGAGCCUCAUUGCAGAUUUGUUCCAAUAUACCCCCAUGUCCAUGUACCUAUAACAGUUCCUUUCCAGAGAGGACUUGGACAGAAAUUUCGUCAGCCUUUUGGGGCAGGCAUUGACUUGAGUUUCUUUGAAAUGGACGAUCUCUCCGAACUAUCAUCAGAAGACAGUGUGUUUCCCCUUGUAAUAACUGCUACAACCUGCCUUCCAUCUGUUUUAACAGAGGAUCAUAUUAGUGAUACUCAACCUAAAACGUCCCUCCAUAUGCAAAUUAGUCAAGCUGUAUUGGAGAAGGAUCAUGAAGGGACUUUCAAAGUGAGAAUAAUCAGGCAGAUUUUAUGGGUUGAUAAUGUUCGCUAUGAGCUGCAUGAGAUAUAUGGAAUUGGAAACUCUGGCCCAGAUUAUGAGAACAAUGGCUCAGGCAAGGAGUGUGUAAUAUGCAUGACGGAACCCAAAGAUACUGCAGUUCUUCCAUGCCGCCAUAUGUGCAUGUGCAGUGGAUGUGCAAACACAUUGAGACUUCAGUCAAACCGAUGCCCAAUUUGUCGACAACCAUUUGAAGAACUCUUAGAGAUAAGGAUUAAUAAUGGUGAUAUCGAUGAGUGA